AUGAAGCUAAUCACAACUGCAAAGGCCAAUGAAGAAAAUAAAGAAAUAAUGAAUAAUGACUUGAUAAUAAAUUACGGAUUAAAGCCGGGUAAGAGUUAUGAUACUGAAAAUAGAGAUGACGACAAGAUGAAUGUUGAUGAUGAUGAAGAAAUUGAAGAUCAAAUGGAAGUUGAUCAUGAAGAAAAAGAAGAAAAUAAAAAUAAAAAACUUCAAUGGAGUUUUAACUACUGA